UUUCAUCUCACAAGUUACAGCUCUCUCUAGUCUGUAGUAAAGUGUAGUCGGAGUGUUACUAAAUUGUUUGUAUCGCAUCUGUAUGUAUGUAUGUACCUAAUUAUUUAUUUAGUUGAUUCGAUGUACCGGGGAUUCAACUAGGGUUUUUGGGUAUGAGCACCGCCGUUCAAUCGCACCGUUUCUGUGCUCCGGCCGCCGCUACCGCCGCCGGAAACCAAGAUGCACUUAACAGAGUAUUGGCUGAUCUCUGCACCAGAGGCACUCCUAAAAAUUGUUUUUGUCGGGUGCUUUCAUGCUUUAUUGGAUGCUUCCAGGCGAUUGAUACUUAUUUCGAUUGUUGCUCGCAAGACGGUGCUACGUUGGCUUUAAGAAAACAUGUGGAGGAAGAAUCUCGUGAUCUUAGUGGGGAGGCUUUCUUCCGUUUUAUGGAUCAGUUGUACGAGAGAAUAACUAGUCUAUUAGAAAGCAAUGAUGUUGCUGAAAAUUUGGGAGCUCUAAGAGCUAUUGAUGAAUUAAUCGAUUUAAAAUUUGGCGAGAAUGCCUCAAAGGUUUCAAAGUUUUCCAACUACAUGAGAACUGUGUUCGAGUCAAAGCGGGAUCCUGAAAUAUUAAUCCUUGCUAGUAGAGUUCUUGGUCAUUUAGCCAGAGCUGGUGGCGCAAUGACAGCAGAUGAGGUGGAGUGUCAGGUAAGAAAUGCACUAGAGUGGCUUCGUGGUGAACGAGUUGAAUAUCGUCGUUUUGCUGCUGUCUUAAUCUUGAAAGAAAUGGCAGAGAAUGCUUCAACAGUAUUUAAUGUUCAUGUCCCUGAGUUUGUGGACGCUAUAUGGGUUGCGCUGAGGGACCCAACACUGGCUGUUAGAGAGCGGGCUGUGGAGGCCUUGCGUGCUUGUUUACGUGUUAUCGAAAAGCGAGAGACACGUUGGCGUGUACAGUGGUAUUAUCGUAUGUUUGAAGCUACUCAAGAUGGAUUGGGUAGAAAUGCUCCUGUUCACAGCAUACAUGGUUCUUUACUUGCAGUGGGUGAGCUGCUAAGGAAUACCGGUGAGUUCAUGAUGUCAAGGUACAGAGAAGUAGCAGAAAUCGUUCUGAGAUACUUAGAACACCGAGAUCGCCUCGUCCGUCUUAGCAUAACAUCUCUGCUUCCUCGUAUUGCACAUUUCUUGCGUGAUCGUUUUGUGACAAAUUAUCUUACGAUAUGCAUGAAUCACAUUCUUGCUGUCCUUAAAAUACCUGCUGAACGUGCUAGUGGAUUUAUUGCUCUUGGGGAAAUGGCCGGUGCUUUGGAUGGCGAACUUCACAAUUAUUUGCCGACAAUAACUUCUCACAUUCGUGAUGCAAUUGCUCCUCGUAGAGGCAGGCCCUCACUUGAGGCUUUAGCUUGUGUUGGAAACAUAGCAAAAGCAAUGGGGCUUGCUAUGGAACCCCAUGUGCUCAGUCUUUUGGAUUCUAUGUUUGCUGCUGGUCUAUCCUUUACACUAGUAGAAGCCCUUGAGCAGAUAGCUGUCAGCAUCCCAUCGUUGUUGCCUACUAUUCAAGAUCGAUUGCUGGAAAGCAUUUCAGCAGUUCUUUCACGAUCCCGUAAUACCCAAGCAAAGCCUUCUAUGACGCCAACUCGAACUAAUGUCACGAUUACCACUCAGCAAAUAUCAGAACUUAGUGAUUCUGCUCUAGUGCAGUUGGCUUUGCAAACUCUUGCACGGUUUAAUUUCAAGGGUCACGAUCUACUCGAGUUUGCAAGAGAAUCUGUUGUCAUAUAUUUGGAAGAUGAGGAUGGGCUUACUAGGAAAGAUGCUGCUCUUUGUUGCUGCAAGUUAGUGGCCAGUUCAUUCUCUGGUAUGUUGCCUUCCCAGUACACCUCUAGCAGGUCCAGUCGAGUUGGGGGAAAGAGAAGACGUCUUGUUGAAGAGAUUGUGGAAAAGCUGCUCUGUGCGGCAGUGGCUGAUGCUGAUGUUAUUGUUCGGCAUUCGAUCUUCUCUUCCUUGUAUGGGAAUGUAGGUUUUGAUGAUUUUCUUGCACAAGCUGAUAGUUUGACUGCCAUAUUUGCGGCUUUGAAUGAUGAGGAUUUUGUAGUUCGUGAAUUUGCGAUAUCUUUAGCUGGUAGGUUAUCCGAAAAAAAUCCAGCUUAUGUUCUUCCAGCACUUCGUCGCCAUCUUAUACAGUUGCUGACAUAUUUAGAACAAAGCAGUCCUGAUAGCAAAUGUAAGGAAGAAAGUGCAAACUUAUUGGGUUGCUUAAUUCGGAAUUGUGAACGGCUAAUACUUCCGUACAUUGCUCCAAUACACAAGGCACUUGUGGCAAAACUAAGUGAAGGGACAGGUGUAAAUGCUAAUAAUGGCAUUAUCAGUGGAGUUCUGGUCACUGUUGGGGAUCUUGCCAGAGUGGGUGGUUAUGCUAUGAGACAAUAUAUUUCAAAACUCAUGCCGUUAAUAGUUGAAGCAUUGUUGGAUGGUGCUGCCGCAACAAAACGUGAAGUGGCGGUUGCAACUCUUGGUCAAGUGGUACAGAGUACAGGGUAUGUUAUAGCUCCAUAUAACGAGUAUCCUCAGUUGCUUGGCUUGCUAUUAAAAUUACUGCACGGUGACCUGGCAUGGUCUACAAGGCGAGAGGUGUUAAAGGUAAUUGGAAUAAUGGGCGCUCUAGAUCCCCACGUGCAUAAGCGAAAUCAACAGAGCCCGCCAGGCUCACAUGGUGAAGUCACCCGUGCAGCUAGUGAUACUGGACAACAUAUUCAGUCGACAGAUGAAUUACCCAUGGAUCUCUGGCCAUCUUUUGCGACAUCCGAAGAUUAUUUUUCAACGGUGGCAAUCAAUUCUCUGAUGCAAAUUCUUAGGGAUCCUUCCCUAUCUAGUUACCACCAAAAAGUUGUUAGAUCGCUAGUGUUCAUUUUUAAGUCAAUGGGUCUUGGCUGUGUUCCUUACUUACCCAAGGUUUUACCUGAUCUCUUCCACACUGUGCGUACUUGUGAAGAUGGUCUCAAGGAGUAUAUAACUUGGAAGUUGGGUACACUGGUUUCGAUAGUCCGUCAGCACAUUCGUAAAUAUCUACCAGAAUUGCUGUCCCUAAUUUCUGAACUAUGGUCAUCUUUUAGUUUGCCUGCUGCUAAUCGUUCUGGGCAUGGUUCUCCAACUCUGCAUUUAGUUGAACAACUUUGCUUGGCGCUUAAUGAUGAAUUUCGAAUGUAUCUUCCUGUUAUUCUUCCAUGCUGUAUUCAAGUUUUGAGUGAUGCUGAACGUUGCAAUGAUUACACUUAUGUUCCUGACAUACUUCAUACCCUUGAAGUAUUUGGUGGGACAUUGGAUGAACAUAUGCAUCUACUUCUGCCUGCACUUAUACGUUUGUUCAAAGUGGAUGCUUCCGUGGAAAUAAAGCGUUCAGCUAUCAAAACUUUGACAAGACUGAUCCCCCGGGUGCAGGUCACAGGUCAUAUAUCAGCUCUUGUGCAUCAUCUGAAGCUUGUUUUGGAUGGGAGAAGUGAUGAGCUCCGCAAGGAUGCAGUUGAUGCACUUUGUUUUCUUGCUCAUGCCCUUGGAGAGGACUUCACCAUUUUCAUUCCAUCAAUUCACAAAAUCUUACUGAGACAUCGGUUGCGACAUAAGGAAUUCGAAGAAAUUGAAGGACGCUUGCAAAGACGCGAGCCACUAAUUUUAGGAAGUACAGCUUCCCAGAGAUAUAAUCGACGACCUCCUAUUGAGGUUAUUAGUGAUCCACUUAGUGACGUGGAGAAUGAUCCAAAAGAAGAUAAACUGGAUAUGCAGAGACAGCUCAAAAGUCACCAGGUUAAUGAGGGUAAAUUACGAACUGCGGGGGAGGCCUCUCAGCGCAGUACAAAAGAAGAUUGGGCAGAGUGGAUGAGACAUUUUAGCAUUGAGCUUCUAAAGGAAUCCCCCUCACCGGCUCUACGGACCCGUGCAAGGCUUGCUCAAUUACAGCCUUUUGUUGGACGAGAGCUGUUUGCUGCUGGUUUUGUUAGCUGCUGGUCACAGUUAAAAGAUGCUAGUCAGAGACAACUAGUUCGGAGCCUGGAGAUGGCAUUUUCUUCUCCUAAUAUUCCUCCUGAUAUUCUAGCUACCCUCCUAAACUUGGCUGAGUUCAUGGAGCAUGAUGAGAGACCCCUUCCUAUAGACAUCCGAUUACUUGGUGCUCUUGCUGAGAAGUGUCGAGCUUUCGCCAAGGCUUUGCAUUAUAAAGAAAUGGAAUUCGAAGGUGCACGCACAAACAGGAUGGAUGCAAACCCUGUUGCUGUAGUUGAAGCUUUGAUUCAUAUAAAUAACCAGUUGCAUCAGCAUGAGGCUGCAGUUGGGAUAUUAACUUACGCUCAGCAAAACUUGGAUGUACAACUUAAAGAGUCAUGGUAUGAGAAAUUGCAACGAUGGGACGAUGCCCUCAAGGCAUAUACAGCAAAAGCCACUCAGUCAUCUAAUCCUCAUCUUGUUCUGGACGCCACACUAGGACGGAUGCGUUGUCUUGCUGCAUUGGCUCGUUGGGAGGAACUUAACAAUUUGUGCAAGGAAUACUGGACACCUGCUGAACCAGCUGCUCGACUAGAGAUGGCACCUAUGGCUGCACACGCUGCCUGGAACAUGGGCGAGUGGGAUAAGAUGGCUGAAUAUGUUUCUCGACUGGAUGAUGGUGAUGAAACUAAACUUAGGGUGUUGGGAAAUACUGCUGCUACUGGUGAUGGAGGUAGUAAUGGCACAUUUUUUAGGGCUGUUCUGUUAGUUCGUCGUGGGAAGUAUGACGAGGCUCGUGAAUAUGUUGAGAGAGCAAGGAAAUGUUUAGCCACUGAGCUUGCUGCUUUGGUAUUAGAGAGCUAUGAACGGGCAUACAGUAAUAUGGUUCGUGUUCAGCAGCUGUCAGAACUUGAAGAGGUUAUUGAUUACUGUACUCUUCCGGUGGGAAACCCAGUUGCUGAAGGACGCCGGGCCCUUAUUCGUAAUAUGUGGAACGAGCGCAUAAAAGGCGCAAAACGAAAUGUUGAGGUUUGGCAAGCACUUUUAGCAGUUAGGGCACUGGUACUACCUCCUAUAGAAGACAGUGAAACUUGGCUCAAGUUUGUUUCACUUUGCCGAAAAAGUGGGAGAAUUAGUCAAGCAAGGUCAACUUUAGUUAAACUUCUACAGUUUGACCCUGAAACAACUCCUGAAAAUGCACGCUAUUAUGGACCUCCUCAAGUGAUGUUAGCUUACUUGGAGUACCAAUGGUCAGUUGGAGAUGACCAUAAGCGCAAGGAAGCCUUUUAUAGGCUAAAGGAUUUAGCACUGGAGCUUUCAAGUACACCUAGUCUCCAACCAGCUACCGUGAAUAAUAUGAUCGGCGUUACUAGUGAACCACUAAUUGCCCGUGUAUAUCUGAAACUUGGAACUUGGCAGUGGGCACUUUCUCCUGGUUUAGAUGAUGACUCUAUACAAGAUAUCCUCACUGCAUUCAGGAAUGCCACUCAUUGUGCUACCAAGUGGGCAAAAGCAUGGCAUACAUGGGCACUCUUUAAUACAGCAGUAAUGUCACAUUACACUACAAGAGGACUUUCUAAUGUUACCGGGCAGUUUGUCGUCGCUGCCGUCACUGGAUAUUUUCACUCUAUAGCCUGUGCAGCACAUGCUAAAGGAGUUGAUGACAGUUUACAGGAUAUACUCCGUCUUUUAACCUUAUGGUUCAACCAUGGAGCUACCCAAGAGGUUCAACUGGCUCUUCAAAAAGGUUUCACCCAUGUAAAUAUCAACACAUGGUUGGUUGUGUUGCCACAGAUAAUUGCUAGAAUACACUCCAAUAAUCAUGCUGUCAGAGAAUUGAUACAGUCUCUAUUAGUACGGAUUGGGCAAAAUCAUCCCCAGGCUCUCAUGUAUCCUCUGCUUGUGGCGUGCAAAUCAAUUAGCACUUUACGAAGAGCUGCUGCCGAAGAAGUGGUUGAUAAAGUUAGGCAACAUAGUGGUGUACUGGUGGACCAGGCACAACUUGUAUCAAAGGAGUUAAUUAGAGUUGCAAUACUUUGGCAUGAAAUGUGGCAUGAAGCACUGGAAGAAGCUAGUCGUUUAUAUUUUGGUGAACACAAUAUUGAGGGAAUGUUGAAGGUCUUAGAGCCAUUGCAUGAAAUGCUUGAGGAAGGUGUGUUGCGGAACAAUGCCACUGCAAAAGAGAAAUCUUUUAUUCAGACAUAUCGCCAUGAAUUGCUGGAAGCAUAUGAAUGCUGCAUAAAGUAUAAGACGACAGGCAAAGAUGCUGAACUCACUCAGGCUUGGGAUCUCUAUUAUCACGUCUUUAGACGAAUUGAUAAGCAACUUACAACUCUUACCACACUGGACCUACAGUCUGUUUCCCCGGAGUUGUUAGAAUGCCGUGAUUUGGAGCUGGCUGUUCCUGGAACCUAUAAAGCAGAUUCACCCGUGGUUACAAUUGCAUCAUUUGCACCUCAACUUGUUGUUAUUACAUCCAAGCAACGCCCUAGAAAAUUGACGAUACAUGGAAGUGAUGGAGAUGAUUAUGCUUUCUUGCUGAAAGGACAUGAAGAUUUACGCCAAGAUGAACGUGUCAUGCAACUUUUUGGUUUGGUGAACACACUUUUGGAGAAUUCUAGAAAAACUUCAGAGAAGGAUCUUUCCAUUGAACGAUAUGCUGUCAUUCCAUUAUCGCCUAAUAGUGGGUUGAUAGGAUGGGUGCCGAAUUGUGAUACCCUUCACCAUCUUAUCAGGGAGUACAGAGAUGCCCGAAAGAUCACACUUAAUCAAGAACAUAAAUUGAUGCUUGGUUUUGCUCCGGACUAUGAUCAUUUGCCACUUAUAUCCAAAGUAGAGGUGUUCGAGUAUGCUCUUCAAAAUACUGAAGGCAAUGAUUUGGCAAGGGUUCUUUGGUUAAAGAGCCGCACUUCGGAGGUCUGGUUAGACAGAAGAACGAACUAUACCAGAAGUUUGGCCGUAAUGAGCAUGGUUGGGUACCUUCUUGGUUUAGGUGACCGGCACCCUAGCAAUCUUAUGCUUCAUCGUUCCAGCGGAAAGAUAUUGCACAUUGAUUUUGGGGAUUGCUUUGAAGCUUCAAUGAACCGUGAGAAAUUUCCUGAAAAGGUCCCAUUUCGCCUAACCAGAAUGCUAGUGAAAGCUAUGGAAGUUAGUGGCAUCGAGGGUAAUUUUCGUUCAACAUGUGAAAAUGUAAUGCAAGUUCUCAGAACAAAUAAAGAUAGUGUAAUGGCAAUGAUGGAGGCCUUUGUCCAUGACCCCCUCAUCAAUUGGCGUCUUUUCAACUUUAAUGAAGUCCCGCAAAUGUCAACUCUCACAAGUGCUCAUGUCCCCCCAGUUGUAAAUAUUGAUGAAACUGCUUCAAAUCGAGAGCUGCUUCAACCACAAAGGGGUGCUCGCGAGAGGGAACUUCUUCAAGCUGUUCAUCAGCUAGGUGAUGCUAAUGAGGUUUUGAAUGAGCGUGCUGUUGUAGUUAUGGCUCGCAUGAGUCAUAAACUUACAGGCCGUGAUUUUUCUACAUCUGCGUUGGCGACAGCUAACUCUAUACCACAUACACUCGACCACAGUAACUUGAUAGCUGGUGAUAUCCCUGAAGUUGACCAUGGACUAUCAGUCAAACUACAAGUUCAGAAGCUGAUUUUGCAAGCCACAUCAUCUGAAAAUUUGUGUCAAAAUUAUGUCGGGUGGUGCCCAUUUUGGUAGAAGAGAGAGUUGUCUUGGAAUUUUCUCUGUAUAUACAAUGUACAUAGCAUGAAGCCUUGUUGUUCUUAGUAUAGAGAUUAUAUAGUGCAUAAUUAUUAGGGUCUAUGAUUCCAUCAAAUUGUUGACAUGGAACAGAAAAGGUACAUCUCAGACAGUUGGCAAGCUGUACUAGGAAGAAGCCAAGGGAAGAGGUGAUGAUUAAGUAUGUAUAUAAAUUCAGUUUGUUAGGUAGUGAUACCCCAUGUUCAGUUAGUUCUAAGAGUUUCAGGCCAUUAUAUCGAAUCUGCUUGCAGCUAUGUUUUCUGUUAUAUUCAGGGAACAUCACCUGCUACAAGUCACUUUUGUACAGUAUCCUCUUUAUCUAUAUAUGAAAGGUUGACAAGUGUUGUGUGUUUA